AUGUCGCGAGGGCCUUUCGUUUGCGGAGCACUGUUGCUCGCAUGGCUGGGCACUGCCACUGGGGAGCAAGACCCACUGGGCUCCUGCGAGAUGUUGGCCGACAACUGGGAAUGCUCGGACGCCGGCAGUGAAGCGCAGCUUGCGGAGGUCAGACUUUUGCAGACGAGUCUCCAGUUGGAGAAGGUAAAUCGAAGCCCCGGGGCCUCGGCAAAGCCGCUCGAGGAGGAAAUCUCUCAGCUCCUCCAUCCACACAACAAGUCCAACAGCACCCAGCAUGCAUUACAGCGUCCCUCCAUCGCCGUCCUUCUCUCUGAACAAAUGUUCACCACGGCUUGGACGGUCGGAAGCAGCCUUUUGUCGUCGGAGAGAUCGGAGGAUGCAGGGAUCCGCCAGAUUCGCCAGUGGCUAGAGACUCCGCCGUCGAAGGAAGUCGGUCGCGUCAUCGGGAUUUCGGCCUCGAUCCUGCUUCUGCUCUUCUGCUACUGGAUCACGACCCUCAAGGAAGUGCCGCCCAUGCUCCGAGAGAAAGGCGACGAGGAGGUCAAGGACAGAUGGUUUCAGGAUCUGCCUCCGAUAUCCCCGGAGGAGCUCAAAAAGCAUUCUCACCAGCUCUGGCUCUUCUUCCUGUCGGGGCUCUUGCUCUUGCUCUUGCUUUUGCUCUUGUUCCUGUUUGCAGCCAGCCACCCCGGCGGCGUGGACUUGCUUCUCCAGCACGGAGGUGGUGAUGCCUCAGAACCCUUCCACGACGUGGGGCACUCCGGCUUUGCGGUGGACCAGUUGAAGAAGCAUGCCGUUGGCAUGCUCGCAUUGCCCCAGUCCCCGCAGGCGGGGGCAGGCAAGGGAGCUAUUGCCGUGGAAAGGGACUCGGUGACGAGUCGCAUUUUCACGAAGGAGGAUCCUUAUAACGUGCACAAGGUGCUGGGCUUCACCGUCCUCUCCCUGUAUCUCUAUAGGAUCUUCGUUUGGAUCUGCCAACUACAAGGGCCGGACUCCGACUGGGCCGGCUUUCGGCCAGACCUCUGGGCUUUGGCCAGCGUCCUCACCGUGGAAGGGCUGCAGCUUUCCUCCUUCAUCUUCCACGUGCCUAAGAACCGGCCACUCUCCGGGCCGAUGAUUUGGCAGGAAUGGCGUGCUCACAACCUGAUCUUCGUUAGCCGCCUCGUCUUCGUGUUCUUGUGCGCAUGGACCAUCAACCGCUACAACGCAAUGGCAGGUUGGCCACUGUGGGCGAUGAUGACACUGUGCCAGCUCUCCGUCUUCGCUCAGAUGAGGCUCGCCGACCUGGCGACGGCCUGGCUCCGGGAUGACACCCACGAGACCUUGGUGUCAACGAUGCCCUACUGGGAGCAUUGCCC